AUGCACACCAUAAUCAAGUCCUCGGUCCUGGUCAUCCUCGCCGCCGGCGGUGCAGUGACUGCGACCCCAGUCCUCUCGUCAAGGCAAGCCAACGUCAUCACGGGCGCCUUCACGCCCAUCAGCGGCGCCUUUACCAACAUGGACACGUCGGUAAAGGCCCUGACGGGACAGGACAGCCGCACCGUGACGGUGGUGCUCCAGAACGGCGCCGUCGCGCUGCAGGCCAUGAACGACGCCGCCAACACGGUCCGGACGUCGACCGAGCUGCGCGCCUUUGAGAGCCGCCAGGUCCUCGACUCUGCCGUGAACAUGAACACCCAGAUGUCCACCUUCAUCUCCGACAUCGUCGCCCAGAAGCUCAUCCUCGACCAGUUCGGCGCCAGCCCCACCGUCGUCAACAUGCUGACCCAGCAAAAGGCCGCCAACGUCGCCCUCAACGACGCCAUCCUUGCAAAGUUCCCCAACAACCGCCUGCAGCGCGACCAGGCCAGGGACAGCAUCAACAAGGUCAACACCGCCUUCGACUCCGGCAUCGAGAGCCUGAGUGCCGGCUCCGCCCAGCCUUUCACCCCGCCCCCGGCCGCCUCGCCUGCCCCUGCCGCUCCGGCCCCGGCCCCCGCUGCUCCGGCGCCAGCUGCUCCUUCUGCUGCCCCGGCCGCCCCGGCACCUGCCGCUCCAGCACCUGCUGCUCCUUCUGCUGCUCCGGCCGCCCCGGCACCUGCUGCUCCAGCACCCGCUGCUCCUUCUGCCUCCCCGGCCGCUCCUGCCCCGGCCGCGCCCGCUCCCGCCGCCCCUGCUGCGCCGGCACCGGCACCUGCUGCCCCAGCUCCCGCUGCCCCGGCCGCUCCCGCCGCAUCACCGGCUCCGUUUACGCCUGCCAACCCGCUCGCCAGCGUUGCUCCCUUUGUGGCUCCUCCUGCGGCCUCGGGCAACCCGAUCCCCUUCACGCAGCCCCAGUAA